AUGGCGCGAAACUCCGAAAAAGCACAAUCGAUGCUCUUCCGCUUCCGUGAAGCGCAAGCAGCAGACCUGGGAAUCAUCGACGCAGGGCGGUCGCGGCGGCCUCGCAUGAUCACAGAAGUAACAGCGAUCCCCGUGUGCGAGAAAUGGCGCGGUCAGGUGCUCAAGGAGAUCUCGCGCAAAGUCAGCAAGAUCCAGGAUCCGAGCCUGAGCGAUUUCAUGAUCCGCGAUCUAAACGAUGAGAUUAAUAAGGCUAUACGUGAGAAGCAUAUGUGGGAGGUGCAGAUUAGGAAUUUGGGUGGCCCGAAUUAUAUGAGGGGCGGAGGCAAGGUUUAUGAUGAUGAGGGGAGGGAGAUUCCAGGUGGUGGGAAGGGGUAUAGGUAUUUUGGUCGAGCGAAAGAGCUUCCUGGUGUUAAAGAGCUGUUUGAAGCGGCGGCACCGAAGCCAAGAGAAGACAAACCCCUUGAUUCAAGAGCAGACCUAAGGAAACAGGUCGAUGCUGCAUACUAUGGCUAUAAUAAUGACGAAGAGGAUGGGACGCUGUUGGAUUAUGAGACGCAGAAGGAGAAGGAGGCGUUUGAGAAUUUGUUGGCGCAGGAUGGGCAGGCGCCGAAGGGCUGGGAACCGUUACCAGGCGACAAUGGGAAUGGGCAUGAUUGGAGAGUGCCGACAGUUGAUGAGGUGCAAGAUGAGCUCGUUGAGAGGAGACGAAGGAGGUUACUUGAUAAGCUGGGCUAG